AUGUCCAGUACUAUGCGUUGUCGACCAACAGUAUGCUAUGAAGUAUUUACACCGGUUCGGGCAACUCCAGAAUAUCUUAAAGUAACCAAAAAGGCUUUUGAAGUGUGGAGUAACAGUUCAAAGUUUAAAUUUGAAUUAAUACACAAAAUACGGCCUUAUGCUCCCGAUAUAUCUAUUACAGUUGUACGGGGAAAGCACUAUUUUCGAGCAAAUUGCCAAGGUAGAGGUGAGUGCUCCAGUACAUUUGAUGGUCCCGGAAAGGUGUUGGCACAUGCUUAUUUUCCAAAAGGCAACAGUUGUAUAGAGCUUCAUAUUGAUGCUGAUGAGAAGUGGGAUUUAAGUUUGGAUGGAUCAAGUUCAGAAGAUCAGACUAGCCUACUUAUGGUAUUAAUUCAUGAAAUUGGGCAUAUUUUAGGAAUUGCUCACAGUGAUAUUGAGACAGCAAUAAUGUAUCCAUGGUAUCAAUUCAACAUUGCUCCUAAAUUGGAUGAGGAUGAUAAAAUGGCCCUUGAAGCUCUUUAUGGACCAAUCAAUAGAUAUGUAAAUAAUCCUUUCAAACCCACAUCAGCGCUGCCACCGACUACAAAGACACUUGCACAUCAACCAAAUGAAUCGGAUAAAAAUUUAUGCGACAUAACACCGGAGUAUAUGUUCAUUGCCAUGACUGAGAGAAAACCAAUAACAAAAAUACAAGAUCUACCUUUGAAUACUCUGAGGGCUAUAAAGAAGGCAAAAAUAGUCAAUUCCAAAUUCGGAGAAUCAGUUUUAUUGGAUUUAGAUACAGAAGUAGUGUUUUUACCGCAAAGAGUCACAAGUGUCUACAAACCAGUCAUUGAAGAAUUUGAAAAGGAAAAAUACGGAAUUAUAUUCAAGGGAUUAGUGGAUGUUGGAAAAAAUCAACGCACAGUCUUGAAUACACAAGACUUGGAAGCUCCGAUGCCCCUGCAUCAAAUUUUCAAGUUUGAAAAAUCUAAUAACAUUUCCGUCAAUGUCUAUGCCUUGGAUUUAAUUGAAAUAAAUAAUAAAAAACCAUUUUACAAAGUAUAUCCAGUAAGACUUGCUAAAUCAAUACACGAGAAACAUGUAAAUCUUUUAUUAAUUCAAAAUACAUAUUUUCCAAAGCUAAACGAUUAUGAAGCACCUCCUAUAGAUAAUGACAAUUCAGAAAUCACAUAUCACUACUGCUGGAUCAAAGAUUUGUCACGUUUAAUUAAUAGUCAGUUAAGUAAAACUACAUAUAAAAAAUUUAUUUGCAAUCGCUGCAUAAAUUAUUUCAGUAGUGAAAGUAAAUUGAAUGUCCACUUGAAAUUAUGCUCUGAAUUAAAUAAUUAUAAAAUGUCUUUUCCAAAAUAUGAAUCUGUUAGUUUUAGAAAUUAUAUAUACAAACAAACUACGCCUUUUGUAGUUUAUGCCGACUUUGAGUGCAUGCUAGAACAAUUUACAGAUAAAACACAGCUUCAUAAUAAGACAAAUAGAUAUCAAAAACAUAUAGCAUAUAGUGCUGGUUACUAUGUAAAAUGUAGCUACAACGAAGACUUGAGUUUUUUCAAGAGCUACAGAGGUAGAGAUUGCAUGGAUUGGUUUGCAAAUGAAUUAUCGAAUUUAGCUGAAAGUAUUAAAUCAGAAAUUAAAACUAUUACACCUAUGGAAGAAAAACCAGAUUUACGUGUGGCAACAAUGUGUCACAUAUGUGAAAAGGGUUUUUCCUCUACAGAUAUCAUUGUUAGAGAUCACGAUCAUUUUACGGGGAAGUUUAGAAAUUUUGCACAUCAAGCAUGCAAUUUAAAUUUCAAAAAACUGUUUGUUGUACCUACAGUUUUCCAUAACUUAAGUAACUACGAUAGCCAUUUCAUCAUUUCGGAAUUAAGUAAAAGAGGAAACAUCAGUUUACUCCCCAUAAAUAAAGAAAAAUACAUUUCAUUUACACUUAACGAUUCAGAUACAAAUAUAAAGUUUCGAUUCAUAGAUUCACUGAGGUUUUUGGGUGCUUCCUUGGAAGAAUUAGCUGCCACAUUGAAUGAUAAUGAUUUAAAAAUUUCCAAAAGAGAAUUUAGUAAUUUAAGUGUCGAACAAUUUAAAUUAAUAGCCAAAAAAGGGGUUUUCUGUUACGAUUUUAUAGAUAGUUGGGAAAAAUUAAAUACUUGUGAACUACCACCAAUAGAGGCAUUUUAUAAUAAAUUGGAGGAUAAAAACAUCAGUAUUGAGAAGUAUUCUCAUGCUCAUGCAGUGUGGAAAUCAUUUGAUAUUGAAAAUUUGGGUCAGUAUUCUGAUCUGUACUUAAAGACCGAUGUUUUACUUUUAUCAGAUGUUUUCGAACAAUUUCGAAGAAAAUGUUCAAUUACUUAUGGUUUAGACCCUGCAUGGUACUAUACAAUGCCUGGAUAUACUUGGGACUGUAUGUUGAAAUAUGUAGGAUGUAAAUUAGAGUUAUUGCAUGACGUAGACAUGAUCAUGUUUAUCGAGAAAGCAAUUCGAGGAGGAAUUUCGGUUUGUAGCAGUAGAUUAUCGAAUGCUAACAAUAAGUACAUGUCUGAAUAUGAUUCUACAAAACCCUCAAAGUACUUACUCUACCUGGACAUCAAUAAUUUAUACGGGUGGGCUAUGUGUGAACCAUUACCAUACGGAGGAUUUGAAUGGUUAGAUAAUGAAAAUUUUGAUGUUAUGUCUGUGGCAGAUAAUUCUUCCGUAGGAUAUAUAUUACAAGUAGACUUGGAGUAUCCACAUGAAUUACAUGAUCUUCACAGAGAUUUUCCAUUUGCUCCCGAACACCGCAAGCCUGUAGGCUCAAAUUAUUCCAAAUUAAUGACAACGCUUUAUUGUAAAAAAGAAUACACAGUUCACUAUCGUAAUUUAAAACAAAUGUUAGCCAACGGUUUGAAAAUUAAAAAGAUACAUAAAAUUCUGAAAUUCAAUCAAUCUGCAUGGCUGCGGCCCUAUAUCGAACUAAAUACUCGUUUGAGGGCUGCAGCUACCAAUGACUUUGAGAAAAAUUUAUAUAAAUUGGCAAAUAAUGCUGUGUUUGGAAAGACGAUGGAAAAUAUACGGAAGCACCGAAUUGUAAAACUUGUUAAAACCUGGAAUGGUCGAUACGGCGCCAAAAAUUUGAUAUCUAGUGUUAGGUUUCAUAGUCGAACAGUUUUUAAUGAAAACCUAAUUGCAGUAGAACUCACUAAAUCAGAAUUGGUUUUCAAUAAGCCUCUUUAUGUUGGUAUGACAGUUUUGGAUUUGUCGAAGCUGUGUAUGUAUCAAUUCCAUUAUGAUUACAUGAUUCCGAAAUUGGGUAUUGAUAGAUGUAAAUUAAUGUACAUGGACACAGACAGUUUUGUGUAUGAGCUCAUCUGUGAUGAUGCAUAUGAGGAGGUACUAAAAGCUGAUUUAACAAAAUUCGAUACUUCAGAUUACCCCAUCAAUAAUAACUAUAAUAUUCCACAGGUGAAUAAAAAAGUUCUGGGAGUUAUGAAAGAUGAAAACAAAGGCCAAAUUAUGACUCAUUUUGCAGGCUUGAGGUCUAAAAUGUAUUCUUUUAAAGUUCAAUCAGGUGCAAUAGUAAAAAAGGCAAAAGGAGUUCGAUAUAAUGUAGUGAAAAACAAAAUAAAU